CCCAUCUAAAGUGGUUCAUGUUUGGCAUUGAAUAGGCGUUUUGGUUACUUUAAAUAAAAACCCUGACCCGACGUGCUGACUUCCUCAGUUGUCCUGACAGGAACAUUUCGUGGUAGCUUUGUAGGCAUCGCCAGCACCGGCCCGAGUUUCCCUGGUUUGUUGCUUCUCGUCGGAGCAACUUAGCGGUUACUCGACACACCGCGCACAGAGAGAGGAAGUUCCGGUGUCGGAGCGGAUCUUGCAGAGCCUCGCGGGGGAAUCGAUUCGAAGGAAGCAGAUCGGUACAGCGCGAGCCCAAUUGGGACUGGAAAUCGGAACCGAAACCGAAACCGUGUCCGCGGGACAGACUCACGCAGAGCAGAUCGACACCAGCAGGGGAAGGUGGGAGUGGGCGCAUUAUAGACACCGACACACAAACACUCUCGCAUUGAAGUGCGGCACACCGAACUGCAAGAGGCCGGCCAGAGAGAGACAGAGACCCGGCAGAGAGGCAGAGACCCAGAGCGGCGGGCUGAGAGCAAUCGAGUCCCAGGAAUGGCUGCAGCUGCGGCGCCGGGAGAGGGGCCCGAUCUUAUCGAUAUCUACGCCGAGGAAGAGUUCAACCAAGGCGGCGCGGAGGAGGCGGGGUUUGCGGGCGGGGCGGAGCAUGUGGAUCUCUAUGACGACGUGCUAACGGGCCCGGUGGGGGGUCGCGAGGGGGGGCCCCCCUCCUCGGAGAAGGACGAGCCUCCCAGGUCUGAGAGCAAGCCAGCCAUCCUGUACACCUACAGCGGGCAGCGGCACAAGAGACUGGCGGUGUACGUAGGAAACUUCUCCUGGUGGACGACGGAUGUGGAUUUGGUUAAUGCUGCCAAGUCCAUCGGAGUGAAGGACAUCCAGGAGAUCAAGUUUGCAGAGAACAGAGCCAACGGGCAGUCAAAGGGCUAUGCGGAGGUGGUGGUGGGCUCGGAGCCCUCUCUCCACACUCUACUGGAGGUUCUGCCACAGCGCAAGGUGAACGGAGACCGGGUCGAGGUGCGAUUCGCCACGCGCCAGAACCUCGGCAUGUUUGAGACACAGGCCAAGAAACGUGAAGGAAUCCCUCGAAGGAUGAUUUCGGGGACAAGCCGUCCUGCUCCUCUGGAGAGACCCCCCCCCCCCUCCCAGCCUCACACUGACAAGCCCCCCUCGCUGCACCCCUUCUACAGCAGACCCCCUUUCCCAGGGGAGCGCCCCUCCUCCUUCCCCCCUCCGCCCAUGCACCCCCCACCCCCCAUGCAUCCCCCUCCAGGGGUGCCCAGGUUCGGGGCUCUGCCACCCCCCCCUCCCCUCCACAUGCCCCACUUCGUGCCCCCUCCCCUCCACCUCUCCAUCCCUCCUCCCGGCUCCCUCCCGCCUACUCUGCACCUAAACCCCGCCUUCUUCCCCCAGCCCCACCCCACCCACUCUAGCAUGGCCCCGCCCCCAGCCACUGCAGAGCACUUCAACCGCGCCCCCCCGGGACACCCCUACACCCGACACAGGGACAGCGACCCCCCCACGCCCUCCCUCGGCGAGGCGGAGUUCGAGGAGAUCAUGCACCGGAACCGCGCCAUCUCCAGCAGCGCAAUCUCGAAGGCUGUGUCCUGGGCGAGCGGGGGGGACCUCGCCGGAGCCAUCGAGACGCUGCUCACCGCCAUCGCCGUCAUCAAGCAGUCCAGGGUCUCGAGCGACGAGCGCUGCAGAGUGCUGCUGUCCGCACUGAAGGACUGUCUGCACAGCAUCGAGGCCAAGUCAUACGGGUCCAGGAAGCGGCCCCGCUCCCGCUCCCACUCUCGCACUCACUCCUGGGACUCGGCCCGGCGGCACCGCGAGCGCUCUCACAGUGGGGAGCGGCACGACGAGCAUCACCGCGAGAGAGAGAGAGAGCGGAGCCGCGAGGGAGAGAGGGACCGGCACCACCAGCACCGGGACCGGGACCGGCACCGCUAGAUUUCCAUCCAACACUCACCACUGACCCCCGACCCCCAUCCCCCAAUGUGAGAGAGGAGAGACGAGAGAUGACUGCUUUACCUCCGAGAGAGAGAGAGAGAGAGAUGGAUGGAUGGAUGGAUGACUGGUUUACCUCAGAGAGAGAGAGAGAGAGCACAGACGCUGUUGGGGGGGAGAAGAAUGUGGUUUGACAUCAUCAACCAGAACGACAAACAGACAGACAGACAAACAGGCAGACCGCGCAUGCAACGCAAGCAAACUCAAAUGUGAAUAAACACCAAGAGAGGCAGCAUAGAGAGAGUGAUGGUGGGAGCUGGUGCCACAGCGCCCCCGACAGGCUGAGUCCUGAACUGCGCCCUCUACUGGAAACCCAUGGGACUGCUUCCGCUGCGGAAGACCUCCAGUCGCAAAUGUUGCUCGAUGAUCAAGAUUUCUCUGUAGUGGUUCUGAAAGUCGACGCUACUGAGUGUUUUAAUAAUUCGGGAUGAGACCCUCCCUCCCAAAAUGCCAGUGCUUUAAGAGGAGUCCCUGGGAACAGCAAAGCUUCUGCCCAUUCAUUUAGUGUGCGGUUGAGGAGCUGGGAGCUCAUUCGUUUAGUGUGGGGUUGAGGAGCGAGGGGCUAGUUCGUUUAGUGUGGGGUUGAGGAGAGGGGGGCUCAUUUGUUUAGUGUGGGGUUGAGAGGAGCUCAUUCGUUUAGUGUGGGGUUGAGGAGAGGGGAGCUUAUUCGUUUAGUGUGGGGUUGAGGAGAGGGGAGCUCAUUCGUUUAGUGUGCGGUUGAGGAGCUGGGAGCUCAUUUGUUUAGUGUGGGGUUGAGGAGCGAGGGGCUAGUUCGUUUAGUGUGGGGUUGAGGAAAGGGGGGCUCAUUUGUUUAGUGUGGGGUUGAGAGGAGCUCAUUCGUUUAGUGUGGGGUUGAGGAGAGGGGAGCUCAUUCGUUUAGUGUGGGGUUGAGGAGCGAGGGGCUAGUUCGUUUAGUGUGGGGUUGAGGAGAGGGGGGCUCAUUCGUUUAGUGUGGGGUUGAGGAGAGGGGAGCUCAUUUGUUUAGUGUGGGGUUGAGGAGCGAGGGGCUAGUUCGUUUAGUGUGGGGUUGAGGAGAGGGGGGCUCAUUCGUUUAGUGUGGGGUUGAGGAGAGGGGAGCUCAUUUGUUUAGUGUGGGGUUGAGGAGCGAGGGGCUAGUUCGUUUAGUGUGGGGUUGAGGAGAGGGGGGCUCAUUCGUUUAGUGUGGGGUUGAGGAGAGGGGGGCUCAUUCGUUUAGUGUGGGGUUGAGGAGAGGGGAGCUCAUUUGUUUAGUGUGGGGUUGAGGAGCGAGGGGCUAGUUCGUUUAGUGUGGGGUUGAGGAGAGGGGAGCUCAUUCGUUUAGUGUGCGGUUGAGGAGCAGGGGGCUAGUGGCAGGCGAGCUCAGAGACUGAUCGCUUGUCACGUGAUCCUGCAAGUUCAUGUAGAAAAUUACAUUUUAGAACAUUUAAUAAAAAACUUAAAAAAAAAAUAAUAAUAAUAAUAAUUCCUCCGUUCUCCAGACGUUGUCAAAUACUUGACAUUAUUAAUGUAUUUUUGUUGCUAGUCGACCUGUCGGCCCUCCUUCACCUUGACUCUGUCAGACUCACAGUGUUUCUACCCCUCUGUGACACCACCUCGCUUCCUCCUGUCUGUUAUCACAGCCCAGUCCCAACUGCUCUGCAUCCCAGAAUGAUUGUAAAGCCUGGCCUGGCUCUGCCACGGCUCUGCGGUGGAGCUAGAAUCUCCGUCUCGGUUAAUCUGGAGAGUUCUCUGUCUGUUCUGUUGAGUAAAAGCGCUCGCUCUCAUCCCUGCGUCUCUGUGCUUUAAGAGUCUGUCUGUCACUGUGGUGAGUUUGUUUCGUUUUUUGUUAAUGUGGUACUAGGACCUGCGUUGUGUGUCUUGCCAUUAAAAACAUCAGUGACAAAUUUCAACUGAACAAGCAAGCAGGGGCUGCCCUGGGGCAUGAUGGGACUGUGGAGGACUAACAUGCUAUGAAAAGGAAAGGACUGCAGUGAAAAUAUAAUAAUAAUAAUAACUAAUCAUUAUAAUACCUUAAACUGCAGCCAGUGCCACCUGUGUAUAUACUGCCCACUUCUGUUGAGAUUUUGUAACUGCAGUUCUUUGCAUACACCCCCCAACCCACCCAUGAUCAAAAGGUGUCAUUGAUAUAUACUUUUUUAAUGAAAUAAAUAAAAGAAAAGCCUGAAUGAUUUUUAGUUUGGAUUGAAAGGAGGUGAAAUGUUCGUCCGUUCUGUCUGCUAGCUUUGUGUGUGUUUUUUUGGUUCAUGUUUUUUCCUGAUGUUUCCAGUUGAAAUGACCGCUGUGUAAGAACCCUUCUUUUGAUACAUCACUGUGUGGGUGCUUUUUUUUUUUUUUUUUUGUAACAAAGAAAAAAGAAUAUUAGUAACAAUAAAUAAUGGAAGAUGUUUUUAUGAUUUAA